AUGGCGUCAAAACUAUCGAAAUUCACUGCUUAUGUACAGAAUCAUAAAGUAUUCGACUGCGCCCCUCAGCAAAAUUUGUCGGCUGGCCCGUUGAAUCUAGUAGCAGUUCGUGACAAUGAUGUCAUAACAGUGUCAGGUAGCAUUGUUAAGUAUGCUAUUCUUGAUACAAAACUACAGUCACCGAAUACUUAUGACCUGGUGACGGUUGAUUUUGAGAUUUUGGAUCUCGUGUUAAAUAGAUCUGGUACACUGUUGGCUGUUGUUGGAAAGUACACUUUGAUUUACCUUUAUCUUCCCACGUCUGGUUGUGCGCCAGAUAAUUUGAAGAAAAAGGGAACAACAGGAGGAAAUUCUUACCCUGGCUCGGUAAAUAAUUUUAAAAUUGAGCUUACAUCUGGCAAAAUAACUGGUUCUGAAAGUUCGGACAAUGUUUCAACUUCAACUUCAACUUCAACUGCUAAACGUCAGUGUGAAAUACUGAAAGUGGUUUGGAACUCAAUUGCAUCUCACGACUCAAACUUGGUCUUACUCUUGGACAAUGGAUAUAUUCGUUCAUAUGACAUUGUCACGAGUCAUAAGUUUCCUGACUACGAAUUGUGCCUGUUGGGUAAUGGUAGUAUAGACAAUAUUUCAGAAGACCGGUCAUAUGCUUUAGACAACGAGGAUUCUAUUCAAGACCCUGUUUCAAUUGCAUUUGGAUCGGACGCCGAUCCUUUGGGAAAGUUGACUUUGUAUGUUCUCACAAAGGAAGGAGAUAUAUUUGGACUCUGCCCAUGGGUUCCUGCGAAAUUCAUCCUGUCCAAGCAGGAGGUUUCAGAAUUAUUCGACAAUGCGGUAGCUGAUCAGUAUCAGUAUAAACAGGAACAUGGUAAAGAAAGUCUUUUGAACAGCCAUUAUCGAGAUCAACUUGCAUGGACUACUGACCUUUGGAGGCAAAUUGAUACGAGUCCGCAAGAGGUGAGAUUAUCAAAGCGAGGAACCUUAGAAUCCUGCCACGUUCUAAAUCGCCCUAAUAUAAUAAUCUCAAGAAACGGAUCGCCCCAGAAGUUGCAGCCUCAAGGCCCAUUCAGAUACCAGCCAUUUCCUGACACUUUGUAUGAGGGUAGUGCUAUUGACUUCAUAAGUACAGACUCAGGUUCGAUGACAACCCUGGCAGUUUUGUAUUCAACUGGUCGAAUUAAUUUCUAUCUUCAAGACAUAAGUUUGGAUAUGAUUUGGGAGGGCGCCAAUUCGUUAUCUGACAUCUGUUUGGCGUUGAUUGAAUCCAUUACUAUUCCAAAUGAUCCGGUCAGCAAGGGUCAAUCAACCGGCACAGGAGUGGCUUCCGCAUCAGCAUCACCUUUCAGUCUUGGAUCAGUAUCAGGAAUCCCCUCUCAUUUUUCCACACCUAAGACCUCGAACGCGUUCUCUUUAACCAAAGUGACAACGCCUACCCCAACGAAGCCAGGUUCAUUUAGAUUGAUCAAAACUUCAACAACAAAUGAACUUGAGUUUUACGUUAUUUCAGGACCCUGUGUAUAUCGAGUAGAUUUUUCUCCUUGGGCAAUACCUCUUUCCCAAGCCAUUGAAGGAUCGAAUUCACAGGAAGCACUUUCCGUUGUUAGUAGCCACCUUAGCUCGAACAUCUGGGUCAUACUUGACAAAUCUAGAAAUCAAUCCCCUGUUUUAGGUAUUGGAGCUCUACCUGAUCCAUUAGGUAUGCACAUUCCUUUCGUUCAUACACAGAAAUUGGUAUAUAUUGAAGUACCAGACUCCAAUGAAUCGACUAGUAGAUCGAUAUCUUCCUCUUUGGAUUUAGCAGUGAAUUCUACUUCACUCGCGAGUUCCUCGCAAUUGACUUCUAUUCCUGCGCGUACCAUCAAAUAUACCUCCCUUCUCAAAACUCCUUUUUCGCAUUCGAGUAUUGAUGCUAAAUUGAGUGAGAUUUCAUUCGAACCUCCUCUAGCUCCCAAAGGCGUCUCAAUUACAGAUGUAAUCAAACCUAAUACCGAGAACUUGGCCUACUUGUCUGAAAUCUCCAAUUAUUAUUGCGAACAACUGUCUAAACUACACGAAUCGGGUCUACAUAUGCAUACACGACUAGAUCUCCAGCGUAGUGAACUUCACCGUCAAAUCAAAAAGGUAUCAGAACUGUAUAAUACAGUCCAAAAAUUAGAGCAACAGCGACCCACAAAAACUCUUGCAGAAAUAUUUGACAAACAAGAGCGACUUCGCCAACGAUCGUUGUCCCUUCUGGAAAAGCUUUCCCGUCGUCGUAGUAUUCUUCUGUCAAAUCAGGAGAAGAAGUGGCUUGCUGAGUUACAGAGGUCUCAAGAGAGAAUAUAUGACCCUGCCGGUUUGGAGCGCCGCGUUAAAAAUGUAAGUAAUUCCUUACAGCAUACACCGAGAUGUUUAACUAACUAA